UUGAAGAAAAAAGUAAGGCAUUGGCGUGAAUGGUUUACAUUUAUUUUGAGCAAUAAUAUUCUUACAAAUACAAAUUAGUAACAAGUACCGAUUAUGGAUUAUCCAGAUUUUGGAGAUUUAUAGGACACAAUUCAUCAAAAUACAACACCAUUGCAAACAAAAAGAGUUAAACAAGAAACAUAUUUAAAGAUCUCAAAUCAACAUAAAAUAUACAAAAAAUGGGUUGUUUUGGAAGCAAAGAUCGUCUUACUAAAGAGGACAUGGACUUUCUUAAAUCACACACUCGAUAUGAUGAGCAAACAAUAAAAGAGUGGUACAAAGGGUUUAAGCAAGAUUGUCCUAAUGGUCGAUUAACACCAGCGAAAUUUGUUGAUAUGUACAAAAUGUUUUUUCCUUCCGGAAAUGCAGAAGAAUUUUGUGAUCAUGUGUUUAGAACAUUUGAUAUGGACAAAAAUGGAUAUAUUGACUUUAAGGAAUUUUUGUUAGCAAUAGAUGUCACGUCGAGUGGAACGCCAGAAGAAAAAUUAAAAUGGGCAUUUAGAAUGUACGAUGUUGAUGGCAAUGGUGUAAUAGAUAUUCAAGAAAUGACUAAAAUUGUACAGGCAAUUUAUGACAUGUUAGGUGCUUGUUCAUCUAAUAAACCAGCUGAUUCUGCAGAAGAACGUGCAAAAAAUAUUUUUGCUAAAAUGGAUGAAAAUAAUGACGGGCAGUUGACGCAAGAUGAGUUUUUAAAAGGAUGUCUACAAGAUGAAGAACUUUCAAAAAUGUUGGCUCCUUAAGCCAUUUUACAUUGAAUUAUUAUAUACACAAACCUUAAAGAAAAUCAAUUACCUAAAAUUAUAAUACAUUUGAAUUUUCAAAAUCCGUGAAAGUGUACUGCCACAAAUAGUUAAUGAAUCCAAACUAUAUUCUUCAGAGCAGAUAAUCAUUAGGUUUAAAAAAAGGCUUCAAUGUUUGGUUAAUCGAAAGCACAAACAACAAGAGUAGUUUAUCUUAAAACAUUUUUUGAUACAAAAUAACAAGGAACCUCAAUAAUAAUUACAUACAUAAUUCGAAUUGUUUUUUAAAAAUUAAUUUAUAGUUUUAUAUUUAAAUUAGGUAUAGCUUUAAAAUUGUAUUUCUAUAUAAAUUAUUAUAUUGGAUUCUUAAUAUUAAAUGGUUUACUUGAAUGAUUUACUUGA